CCCUCUGUCGACGUCAGUAAGCGGAUGUUUAACAUAGAGGACCUAUUUUGAUCCCUCAUCGGCUUCUGUAGCGUCUAGUGCCGGGGACACGUCAUAUGGAGCAAAGUAUAUUUUAUUAGUGGAGCGGAUGUUUUUGCCUCUUGUAAUAGUGCUUACGUAGAAUUAUACUUUUGUUUUGAAAACUAAAUAUAUAUAUACACGUACACACAGCUGACUCCAUCUGAAAUAGUUGAUCAUGUCCCUGGUCUACGAAAAUCUGAAAUUGCACAUAACUCCUGAACGAUUUUAUGUCGAAGCAUGUGACAAUGGAACAGAGGAUGUCCUGUCAAUAGACAGAGUGUCAACCGAAGUCUCUCUUACAGUAAAGAAUGACAUACCUCCAUCUGCAAUAACAAGACCAAUACAUGGUAUUUUAGGUACAAUUCGACUAGUUGCAGGAAUGUAUCUCAUUGUAAUAACCAAAAAGAAGAAAGUAGGAGAUCUACUUCAGCAUGCUAUAUGGAAAGCUUCAGACUUUGAUGUAAUUUCCUAUAAAAAAACAAUGCUACAUUUGACUGAUACUCAGUUGCAGGAUAAUAAAACCUUUCUAUUAAUGAUCAAUCAUAUUCUGAGUGUGGAUGGAUUUUACUUUUCAACAACGUAUGACAUUACCCACACGCUGCAGCGAUUAGCAAAUACAAGCCCUGAAUUCCAAGAAAUGAGCCUCCUGGAAAGGGCAGAUCAGAGGUUUGUAUGGAAUGGCCACCUCCUGAGAGAAUUUGCUGCACAGCCUGAGAUUCAGAAAUUUGCAAUCCCAGUAAUUCAUGGAUUUAUUGCAAUUCACUCAUGUUCUAUUAACGGAAAGUACUUUGAUUGGGCCCUAAUAUCGAGAAGGAGUUGCUUUCGAGCAGGUGUAAGGUAUUAUGUAAGAGGUAUUGAUUCAGAAGGCCAUGCAGCAAACUUUGUUGAGACUGAACAAAUUAUUCAUUGUAGUGGAAAUAAAGCUGCUUUUGUUCAGACACGGGGAUCAAUUCCAUUUUUCUGGUCACAGAGACCGAACCUGAAAUACAAACCAAAACCACAAAUCAGCAAAGCUGUUAACCAUAUGGAUGGCUUCCAGAGACAUUUUGACUCGCAAAUAAUUAGUUAUGGAAAACAAAUAGUUGUUAACCUGGUUAACCAGAAAGGUUCUGAAAAGCCGUUGGAACAGGCAUUUGCUGAAAUGAUAUCUAACCUUGGAAAUGGAAUGGUUCGAUAUUUUGCAUUUGACUUUCAUAAAGAAUGCAGCAGAAUGAGAUGGGAUCGUUUGCAAAUUUUGGUGGAUCAAGUUGCAGAAAUUCAAGAUGACUUUGGCUAUUUUCUUGUGGAUACUGAAGGCAGAAUUCUGAUGCAACAAGAGGGUGUUUUCCGAAGCAACUGUAUGGACUGUUUGGACAGGACAAAUGUUAUACAGAGUCUUUUGGCACGUCGUUCUCUCCAAGCACAACUGCAGAGGCUAGGUGUGCUUCAUGUUGGACAAAGAAUUGAAGAACAAGCACAAUUUGAAAAGGUCUACAAAAAUGCCUGGGCUGACAAUGCUAAUGCUUGUGCCAAACAGUAUGCUGGAACAGGUGCUUUAAAGACUGACUUUACAAGGACUGGAAAGAGAACUCAGUGGGGACUUAUAAUGGAUGGCUGGAACUCUCUUAUACGCUACUACAAAAACAAUUUUUCUGAUGGAUUUAGACAGGAUUCGAUUGACUUAUUCCUUGGAAAUUAUUCAGUGGAAGAAGGCUACUCAACAAGCCCUCUACAUGUGCAGACAGAUUGGAAAUUUCUUGCGCUACCAAUCAUCAUGGUGGUUGCCUUUUCAAUGUGCAUUAUCUGCUUGCUUAUGGCUGGUGACACUUGGACAGAAACAUUGGCCUAUGUUCUUUUCUGGGGAAUCUCAAGUAUUGGAACAGGAGCCAUUAUACUGUAUAAUGGCAAAGACUUUGUUGAUACACCAAAACUGGUGCAGAAAGAAAAGUUGGACUGAAUGUGCAUAUGUGGAAAGCAGCUUGGGUGUGAUAGUUCUUCAAGCCACACAUGGAGUCUUUACUGAGUUGCUUUCCACACUGUUUGCAGUUUUGUUGCCCUCCAUAACCUUUUAACCAGAUAACUAUUAUUUUGCUGGGCAUGGACCAAGACUUGUUGUAUAUGAUGCAGCAUAAUUUUGAACAGAGCAAGAUUUCCUUAGUUUCUCAUUGAAGUGCAGCCCCUUGGUAUCCAUAUUAUACUGAUAAACCAAGAUUUGCUGUAUACUUUCGUUAUCUAGCACAGUAAAUGAGAAAAACAUACACAAAUUGUCUGUUUUUGAGCAGCUUUAUUGUAUCAAUCAUAGUAACACCAUGUGUCUUUCAAUCAGAUCUGUUUUAAUUUGUCUGUGUACGUUAUAAAUGACUUGCAUAAAAAAUAAAAUAUCUUAUUACCUGA